AUGGCGCGCCACAAGCUGCCGGUGUCGGCCUGGAGGAAGAGCUCCAAGAACAAGGUCUCCCGCGGGGACGUGCGCGGCUUCCUGGAGUCCCAGCGCUCCGGGGACGCGGACGCGCUGCUCUGCGAGGUGGGCGCGUGCAUCGGGGCCCGGCAGCCCUCGGUGCUUCCGAGGAAGGAGCUUUUCGAGGCCCACGCCUUCGCCACCGUCAUCCACCGUCACUUUCCAGACGGGCCUCUGGACGUCGUGGAGGCGUGCGCCGGUUGCGGCAUGCUGGCCGUGUUCCUGGUGCUCAUGAACCCCCUGCCCGGGCGGCCCUGGCCCGAAUCGGCGGGUGCGCUGCGUCGACAUAGUGAAGCCGCCCUCGGCGACGAAGCUGCUGGGCGGCCUGUCCGAGCGCUGGCCCGUGCUCGCCCACAACGUCAGCUGGCAGCAGCAGGACCUCCGGAAGGGCGGCGCCGUCAACCGCGAGGGCCGGGCCGCCAUCGACGCCGCGCGCGUGGCCCACCUGGAGGAGUCGGGUUACCACGUCGUCCUGGACCAGAUCGACCCAGAGAUCAGCGGCAACUACGGCGUCGUGGUCGCCCGCCCGCGCCACGCGGAAGGGCCCGCCUCGGCGCUGCGCGGCGACCCCCUCGGCGUGUACGGCCGCGCAGGUGCGACCAUAAUGCCUUGGCGCCCCGGCCGCGGCAGACGCCCGCAGGCCUCCAGGAGAUCCGAGACAUGAUCGCUGCGACAAGGGGUGGCCUCGUCGUCGGGGGGCGGAUGCGCACGGAGGCCGCGGCGGGCAGUGGGCGGAGGCCGCAGUGGGCGGAUGCCGAGGACGAGGAGGAGGAGGCCGCGGCCACGGCCACGGCCACGGCCGCGGUCGGCGGCGGGAGCGCCCGCGGCGGGGCGGCGGCCGCGGCGCGGGGAGCCGCCGCGGGACAGGGCCGCGGCGGCGGACCAGACGGGGGCGCGCCCGUGGGCGCGGGCCCCGGCGGGGAGGCGCGGGGCCCGGGCGGAGCUCCGGGCCCGAGGGCGGAGCAGCGCCUCAGGACGCCGAGGUACACGCCCAGGGCCGGGAGGGCGGAGGCGCCCGGAGGAGGGGCGCCCCUCGUGCCGGGCCCCCGCGGCAGCGCCGAGGCGCCCUGGGCCGGGGCGGGCAGCGGCGUCAGGCGCGGCCUCGGCCUCAGCACGCUGGUCCCGGCCGUCGUGCACGAGGAGCCCGAGGACGAUGCGCUCAGUUGCUGCACCUCGGUCGACCACUACUCGUGGUGGCAGUCGUCGGACGCUCGUGCCGACCUCACGGGCAGGGGGGGCAAGACUCCACCGACCAGCAAGCAGAGAGGUCAGGCAUCGGUUUCUCCCAGCGCACGAACGCCUCUGAGCAGUACUGCCAGAAGGUUUUCCCCUGCGUAUGACAGUGCCGUGGUAUCUGUGCCCAGCUGCCCAGAGAUGGCGGGUUCGCUCGGCCGCGCCUCCUUCGUGCCAUGGUGUGGGCCGCAUCCCGACGUCCAACACCUGGCGACGGGCAAGCAGCAGCUCACCACGGUGCUCGUCAGGAACGUGCCACACGGUGUCGCGCGCGAGGAGGUGCUCCUCGCGGUGAACACGAGAGGAUUCGAGGGCGCUUACGAUUUGCUUUAUCUGCCAAUGGAUUUCAGGACCCACGAGAACAAGGGCUACUGUUUCUUGAACCUUGUGAGCGAGGAGGUCGCCCGCAGCUUCAUGGGCGCCUUCAACGGCUUCACAGAGUGGCCUCUGCGGAGCAGGAAGUCAUGUACAGUAGAGUGGUCUGUGACUCAGGGGUUCAAUUCGAUCAUGGACCUCUACCGGAACAGUGGGAUCAUGGGAGAUCACAUCCCCGAUCAGUUCAAACCUGUAGUCUUUGUCGGCAAUACUCGUGUCUCCUUCCCAGAGCCCGCGUAG